ACUGACUCGAACAAUGAUGUGAAGUGAAAUAACUGAUUACUUGAGUCGACCGAGGUAAAUUUUGGUUUGUUACGUUUGUAUUUGUGUUCCGUACGAUAUAACAAUGGCUGCAGAUGCUGUUGCAAGAUUAGAAAAGCCACAGCUGCGUGGGUUAUUCAGGUCUUAUUUAAAGAAACAUUUAGCAAUUGCUACUGUACUAUCUCUGGGGGCGUCUUUAGCAUGGAAGGUGUUAGUUAUGGAUCCAAGGAAGAAACGUUAUGCUGAGUUCUACAAAACUUAUGAUGCCGAUAAAGAAUAUGAAAGAAUGAAAGCAGCAGGUGUUCUACCACCCUUCCCAGAAGUAGAAUAAUCACAAU